AUGAUGUCAUUUGCUCUAUUGAUUUCAACGGUCUCCAGUGCAGUUAUACAACCAAGGAUACAAGAAAUAAGCAGUAGUACUCCUGUUCCAUGGAAUUCACAACAAGACUCAUCUGGGGAAAGAGUUCGAAGACAGUAUCCGUAUGGAAUGGGGAAUUAUGGAGCAUACAAUGGAAUGUAUAAUAAUAUGUACAGUGGAUAUGGUGGAUAUUCUCCGUAUUCCUAUGCUGGGUACACUGGCUACCAAUACCCCUACACGAAUGGAAUCUUCCCACUUCAAGGUGGAUAUUACCCUGGAAGUAUCGUCGGUUCAGGUUCUAUUUGGGCUGCUGGAGGAGGUCUCGUUGGAAAUAUGCUCUCAUUCCUUGUUGGAUAA